AUGUCACGAUACUCUUCCAUAUAUCGGCCCACUCCUGCGCUGUAUCGUAGAGGAGCAGCGCCACUGACAGAACCGCAUUACCUCCCGGGAGACAAUUUUCCGUAUCUUGAAAGUCGAGAGAUCUCCAUAUCGUUACAGGAUUGUGGAUUCACUGCUAUAGAAGAGAAUGUGAUAAAGCCAACAAGCAAAUACAUGAGAAAAAUCUUGGAAGAAACGUUGGAAGUAUUUAUGGGAGUUAACACUGACAUGAUUGCCAACAUGGUUAACGAAAAAAAGAAGGAAAGAAGCGUGAAUGCUGAACAAUCAUUCGCAGAGGGAAAUGGAAGUACCUCGAAUGAAGAUGUAGACGAAGAUACGACGGACUCGCUUUUGCUAGUCAUUCUUUACCGGUGUGCCUUCCAAUUCUUUGUGGGUGUCGGGAUAAGAGACUUGACGUUGUCUGAUAUCCUUAAACCGGAUCCUGCUCGUACUAGAAGGAUCCUUAGUGCCUUGAUCAACUACAUUAAGUUCAGAAAUGAACAAUCGGUUGAUCAAGAACCGUUGGAAAAGGAAUGUGAAGCAGAAUUCACUAGAAUGAAGAAGGCUCAGGCUAACAAUGAUUCCCUAACAAGCAAGAUAAAUCAAUUCAAGAGAAAGUUGGAACAAGAUACUAGCAAUGAUUCAGCAUCGAAGAGGGCCUCACUUCGCCAAAUAACAACCUACAACACCAAAUUGACUACUGAGUUGAAGAAAUUGAAAAGGACUCAAGAAUAUUUGAACAACGAGUUAACUAAGUACAAAAAUGAGAAGUUUAGACUCACCGAGAAGAUCGACGACAGCGAUUAUCUUAUCAACGAAGCAGAUCGUGAAUUGGCGACAUUACGACUGUAUCUCCAAACAGACGUCAAGCAAACCGAAACUAUUAUAGCCGACCUAAAGAAAGAUUUAUCCAACCACAGAGACUUGAUAUCGCAACUUGCGAAGCAGAAUAGCAACCUUUCCUUCACCAUAGAGUCAUUCUUGAAGGUGGAAUCGGAAAUAAAGCCGAUCUUCAAUCAAUUGGAUGAUACAUUGAAAGACUUAACGAGGGAGGAGUCUACAUUAAGCAAACUUGAAAAGCUAAAUGAAUAUAAGCUGGAAUUACAACUUGAAACAAACGAACUUACCAAUCAAAUUGAUCUUAUAGAGAAGAAGUUGGCCAAUCAACAAUCAUUAAUUGAAAGACUAGAGAAACAGCAAGAUUCCAAGUUACAGCAGGAUCAAUCGAAAGUAAAGGAGCUUACAGAUGAGCUUGCUGAGUUGAACCGAGAAAGGGAAGAGUUUGAAGCUGCUUUAACUCUUAGAAACGCAACCAUUGAAGAAUAUAAAUUGAAGAUAAAAUUGAAGAGGAAAGAAUUGGAAGAUGAUGAGAGAGAAGUGGAAUUAAACUUAGCCAAACUCAACAGCCAUGUGAAAUUUUAUCUUUCAGAGAUGAGCAAAAAGCUUGAGCUGAGUGUGUGA